AUGAAGGAGGUGUUGGCAUAUAUAUUAGAGGAUUCCCAUAGAAUUAAUUCUAAGGAAUUAACUGAGAGAUUAUCCAAACUUAAAUCAUGUGAAGAAUUGGUAAUUUCCAUUAAAAAAACACUUGUUUCUAACGAUAUUAACCAAAUUUACAAGUGUUUUAAUGUUUUAAAUCAUCUUCUUAAACUUAAAGCUCCUUUGGAUAAACACUUGGACGACAUUGUUAACAUUUUAUUACAGCUAUCACAAAAUAACAGUGAACUGAUUAACCUACACCUCCUCAAUUUGUUGUAUAAUAUUGUAGUAUAUUUAACAAAAAAUAAUGCAAAUUACAAUUUACUAAAUUUAAUACUGACCAACAUAACUAGAGUUAACGGCCAUGAUUUACUAAAGAAUUACAUAAUAGUUAAAAUCUACACCUGCUAUGCCUUUAAUAAUAAGGUAAACCAGGUUAAUUUAAAUGUUUUGUACAAUAUUCUAAAUGCUACAAAUGGUUCUGUCAACACUUCUGAUGAAGUUAGUAAUGAAGAUUACACUAAAUUAUCUGUUGAAUCACUCAAAGAAGAAAUAUAUUCUAUAAUAUAUAAGAUUAACCCGUUGGAUGAUUUAUUAAACAGUGAUAUAAACUACGUUUUAUAUCUGUUUAAACAGCUUAAUACUCUUAAAAAUGUUAGUAAUCGCAAGACAUCCUACACAAUUAAUACACGAAACAUAUACAACUUGUUACUCACACUCCUUAAUAAUAAUAAAGUCACUGAGUCAACUAAAGAAAGUGAUUUCACCGGGAUCAAUUCCCCCAGUAAGGUGGUAAUUGAAUUUAUGAAGCAAUUUGUUGAACUUUUGAACAAAGAUUUAUUUUUACUUCAAAUCAAUUACAUCUUAACAAUAGUCAAUACGCUACUCAAUGAUGGGCAUAGUAUAAGGAACUGUAGUGGAGAUGUAUACAAGUUAUUGAAACUGAUUAAUAACAAAUGUGUUGAUUUUAACCUCAAGUUAAAUGUCGAAGAAUUAAGAAAACUUGCACUCGCACCUGAAUUUAAUGAGUUAUUAUCCAAUUCCAGUAAGGGCGAGGACAUUCUCCUAUUAUAUGUAUACACUUGUAAUGACGUGUGUGAAAUUGAAGAAAUGGUUAAGAAACUAAUGGAACAUAACACUAAAUUAAGAAAUGAUGAAAUUUACCUUGUUUUAUUAAACAAAUACACUAGUGCCAAUAACUUUGAUAAUGACUUACUAAUGCAAUUUUUUGACUACAUUAAACGGGUCAACGUUAGCAAUGAACUCAUUAGAAACCACUUAAUCAAUUCACUAAACAAAUAA